AUGGAGCACCAGAAAAAUUCUUGGCCAGGCCGGUCGCCCAAAUUCGAGCGCCUCGAGGGACCGCGACGGCCGCAGCCUGAAUACACGAUACACCAACUUCCGCCGUCAUCACAGUCGCCAGCAUCUGAAAGACGAAGCAUCGAGCCUAGGAUCGUAAUAUCAGGCUCUCAACGACAACGCAUUUGCCGCCGUCGGAAUCGGGCUCCACCCGUCGAAUCUCUUGUGCACAGACUGAAAAGACAGUCGCUCAAGUCUCUGGGCCACAGCGCUGGUGGUGUACUAUCCGGCGAUGUAAAUAGGAGGAUUCCUCACCUGCGGCGACAACCCGGUCAUGAUGUCCUGAUGAUGGACUGUGACAAAUUGGAGUGCACUGCACAGAAAUCAACAGAAACGACCAGCGCAGCCGCUCAAAUAGAACAGCAAUGCGACCAGACUGAUGCCGAUACGCUUGGUCCUUCCGCGCAACAUCAUUCCAAUAUACUAGAUCUUGAACCAGAAAGACCGCCGUCGCCCCCAGCUGACUCUCCUUCAGUGAAACUAAUGCCCGGAUCUGCUGAAACAGAACAUCACGCACCGCUCCUUGAGGUCGAUCCAAAACAGAAGCUGGAGUGUAAGGACUUGGACCUUGAUGAAGGAUAUGGCGCUGGGACCGACGAGUUGAUAUGGACAAAUGAUGGUCAUAGCCUCAUUCAGAGCCUUGCCAACCAUGCACGCAAAAGUGGAGCGCUGGUAUACAGGACGUCUUCGGAGGCUGCAAUGGAUUGUUCCCAAAUUGUAUACAAGGCCCCUAGAAUGCGAAGGCGAAGACACAAGAACCAUACAAGGCUUCAAGAAUCACCAAGCAUCAAUGCGUACGGAAUUGACCGCCAGAACAUAAUCAACCCCGGCCAUCCGGCGGAUGGGAAGAACCAACCAUGA